AUGUUGACUGAAUUCUUUUGGAUGAAUGCUAAUGAUCCACAAGCAAAAGCAACCAAGUACUUUUACAAAGACUUCCCAGCCUCAUUUGUUUGGAACAAACAGUCAAAGACUUGGAAAGCAAGACAGCAAAAAGAUGUUAUUGGAAGAAUUGUAUCAGCUAACCCAAAUGAAGGAGAACGAUAUUAUCUAAGGCUACUAUUGACUCAUAUUCCAGGACCUAAAUCCACAUUCAGAGAAGCAGCAAUAGCGCAUGGAAUAUUAGAAGAUGAUCAAAGCAAUGACAAGUGGAUGGAAGAAGGCUGUGCAUUUCGGAUGCCUAUUUCGCUCAGACAGCUAUUCAGUACCAUACUUGUAUACUGCAGUCCUAAAAAUCCGAAAGAACUAUUUCUCAAAUAUGAAGAAGCAAUGGGAGAAGAUUAUAGCCUCAAAGAUUUCCAGCUAUCUGAUCUGAGAACAACUGAAAUCACAAAGAAUCCUAUAUGCAAGGAGAUACUUGAUGAAAUUAACCUUCAAAUUUCUCAGUCUGACUUAGCCAGUAUCACAUUGCUAAAUGAAGACCAAACUCACGCUUACAAGAGAUAA